AUGGUCAACGUCCUCGGUGAAGCGGGUGAGUAUUCUAUUAUAAUAGUGCCAGAAGGUUUUCUCAUUUCCGGAUGUAAAAAGUAAUGUAUUAUAUAAUAUACAAGCGAAAUGCUAAGCUAUGUUUAUUGUAUUAAUUUUAAGCCUAUAAAUUUUUAACUGAACUUUCUAUCUUGAUGAAGUAAGUAUUUUAGCUUUGUACCCAAAACCAGAGCCAGUAAAAGUAAUCGACCCGGAACCGACUGUAAGUAUGGCUACUUAUAAGCCUAUUUUGUAUAAAAAAAGUUUAAAAACUUGAGAUAAUGCAUUUUAUAACAAUGAUAACCACAUUUCUUUCAGACAUGUUGUGGUAUCUUGUUCACAUGGCCCAAAUCGACAUUGAUUGUGUACUUAUAUGAAUGUGGCGAACGAUUUGUCUUUUAUGGACUCAAGGGUAAGUAUGAAUGACUAGAGCUCUGGAUUAAGGGUCUGGACUAGGGCUCUGGGCUAAAGCUCUGAACUAGGGCUCUGAGCUAGGGCUCUGGGCUAGGGAUCUGGACCAAGUAGACAUGAGAAACGGGCCGGGCCCAAUUUUCAAGCCCGGCCCGCGGGCCGGUCCUAACUUUUAGGCCCGGCCCGUUUUUGAUUUUGGUCAGGCCAGGCCCGGCCCGUUUUAAAAAAUUUUAAAAAUUUUAAAACUUAAAAACUAAACGGAAAGUUGGCUUUAAAUUGUUUUUUUAGAUCAUUUAUUGAUCAUAGAACCCAAUAAAAUCGAAAAACAUAAACGGGGAUUGAAAUAAAAAAUUUUAAAAAAUUUGGAAAUUUUUUUUUCGGGCCCCUCUAUCCAAGGCCCGGCCCGAUCAAAAUUUUUCUCAAGGCCGGCCCGGCCCGUUUCUCAUGUCUAGGACGAAGGCUCUGGGCUAGGGCUCUGUGCUAGGGCUCUGGACUAGGGCUGUGAGCUAGGGCUCUGGGAUAGGGCUUUGGGUUAGGGCUCUGGGCUCCUCCCCCCUCCCCCCCCCAGGGCUAAAGUAGGGUUAGGAUUAGGUUAAAAAAGAAGAAUACGUCGUAUUUUACAAAAAAAAUUUCAGGUAUAUUGAUAUUGUACCUCCUGAAAAACGUUGGAUUUUCCCCACUAACAGCCGGUUUGAUAUUCAAUAUUUUUCUGGCUCUAAGCUAUAUUAUACCAUUCCUUGGUGGUUAUUUAGCAGAUGGUAUAUUUGGAAGGUUCUUUACGAUAUUUUGGUUUUCAAUCAUUUAUCUUACUGGAAUAUUGUUCUUGGUCAUUGCAUCAAUUUUUCCUAUGGGGCAUCCUGUACAUCCGUAAGUUAAAGCAUUAUGCCAGAAGCCCGCCAAAUCAAAAAUUUGAAUUAUUUUUGAAAAAUUGAAGUAUAUGCUUAAAGCAAGUUUGAGCUAGAGAUGAUUUUUUACUACAAAAAAAAAUUUUUUUAACUUAGCUUGCAACACAAUGCCAAAAACCUACUAACUGCUAACAAGCAAACUACCCAACCUACCUCAUUCAGAAUCAGCUCAAAUUUUUAUAUAAACUCUUUGUCCCACCAAUAGUACCCAUAAAAAGUUUUAGCUCUUGCUUUUGAGUUUUAAAUUUUAAAUAUUUAACUUUCCCGCCAAUUUGGCAAAUUUGGUAUUGUGUUUCAAGCACUUUUUUUGACUUUCUAGACAAGCUACGUUUACAAAUUUAAAAAUUUAGGCUUAUUUUAAGGUUUUCUUCUAGUAUAUCAAAGAAAAAUGACUAAAAGUCAAAAAAUGACAAAGUUAUAAGCUGACACCCAAUGCCAAUUUGGCGGGAAAUUCAAAACGUCAUUUUUUAAUCUCGAUUUUCUCGAGAUUGACUGGAAAAUGGGGGUUAGUACUUUGCUGUAGAUCUUAUAUUUAGUUGUUGUAUCAUUAUAAAAAGUUUGAAGUCGGCCAGAGCGGGGUAGGUCGGGCACUUUCCUUGUGAAGUCAAAUUUUAAAAUAAAAAAAAUUUUUAAAAAUUUUAAUUUUUUAAAAAUUUAUUAAAUUAUAAUAAAUUUUAAAACUUCCAGCUGGCUAGACAUUUUUGGCAUAGCAAUCCUAACAGUCGGCAAUGGUGUGAUCAAGCCUUCAGUCACCGUCUUCGGGGUGGAUCAACUAAAACCCCAUCAUUUGUCCAUGAUUUCCAUAUUUUUCGCUCUUUUUUACAUUUUUAUUCAAAUUGGUGGGAUUCUUGGCACAGCCAUCGUGCCUAGCUUCGUUGCCAUGCCUUGCAUGGGUCAACAAUCGUGUUUUCCAUUCGCUUUUGGCAUCACUUUCCUGGUACUACUGGUGUGCAUGUUCGCAUUCUCGGCUGGAUCUUGCUUGUACCAGCCUAUACCUCCUAUACCUGGCGUUUUUGCUAAGGUUAUUAAUACUGUUAAGGUAAGAUGGUGCUUUUGUAGCUGUUAAAGACUGAUCUAGCUCAAAAUUAAAAAAAUUUUUUUUUGAUAUUUAAAAAUUUUAAAAAAAUUUUGAAAUUAAAAUUUUUUUUUAAUUACAAAAAGAAAUUGCCACAAGAGUACAAAAAUAAGUACAAAAUAGUACCAAUCCCCUUCAGAUAGCCUUAUACGUAAAAGUCAAAGGAAUUGGUACAACUCGAGAACAUUGGCUUGACUACUACCUUAAUAUCCAUGACUGUACCAAACAUCUCGAAUGUAUUCAAGCAGCCAAAGCUAGAGCACCUGGAUCACCGCCUAAUUGCCCUCAAGCUAAAUUCAUCGACGAUGUCAAGAACUUCUUUGCUCUUCAGAAUAUCUUAGCACCUGUCAUACUGUUCUGGGCUCUCUAUGAACAGCAGGUAGGGUAAUGAGUGUAUAAUAAGUUGUGAUAGCAGGGUUGGGUAUGUGUGUGGUAUUGGUAUUGUAAAUAAUAAGUGGGGCAAGGAAGAAGAGCUUUGGCUAGGGCAUGGCCAUACCUUGGCAUUAGGGGCGAUGAUAUGAGAUGGGUAGAGUAUGAUAGUCUAGGGUAGGGUAGGAUACCGUAGUAUACAGUAGGCUACGAAUAAAUACGGUAAGCCACAAAAGGCUGUGAGGGUUUACAAUACUGUACGGUACGGUAGAUUAGCGUGACGAUAGGUUAGUUUAGAGUAAGCUACAAUACGGUAAAGUGCGGUAGGGUUCAGUAGGGUACUGUAGGUUAUUUUAUAGUAGGGUAAAGUAGGGUAGGGUAGGAUAGGGUAGGGUAGGGUAGGGUAGGGUAGGGUAGGGUAAGGUAGGGUAGGGUAGGGUAGGGUAGGGUAAGGUAGGGCAGGGCAAAGAAAAUUAGGGUAGAAUAAUGCAAGAUACGGUAAAAUUAAGGCAAAUUUUAAAAUGUUAUCUUAUAGUCAUCACGCUGGAUGGUUCAAGCUCGUCAAAUGGAUGCUCAACUCUCCCCAACCUUCUUCUUACUGCCCCAACAUAUGCCCAUAUUUUUUGGAAUUUUACUCAUCAUUUUGAUCCCAAUCUUUCAGUUUUUAAUCUACCCUAUACUGGCUGGCUGUGGCAUUAGAUUAACGUAGGUGUUUUAGCUUGACCUUAUCUUCUUGUAGUUCAAAAGAAGACCUAAUCUAUGUUUAUUAAAAAUUGUUUUUAGGUACCUAAAACGAAUGAUUAUCGGUGGCUUGUUUGCGGUUAUGGCAUUUAUUUUGGCUGGAAUCAUUCAAAUGGGAUUAAAUGUGAGUUUCUCAUACAAUAAUAUAUGACCUUUAGUAGCCUUUUAAGCCUUCUAUUGGCCAGUAAAGAAGCCUAGCCGAAAAAAAUUGUAUUGGGGAAGAGCACAAAUUUAUUUGAACAACCUAAUAGGUCUUUCUUUACCAUAAUGUAUAGUGUAAUUCCUCUUACCCUGCCCUAUCAUACCCUAACCUACUGUAAGCUACCGUACUCUUCCCUACUCUUUUUUACGCUACUCUAUCGUCCUUUAUCCAACCCUACCCUACCAUACCAAUAUCUUGCCACUUUUCAGCAAACAAUGCCAGCAACACCAUCAGCAGGCCAAGCUUCAUUGGCUGUUAUCAAUGCUUUCCCAAAAGGUUGUCGACUGGUCGUAGCUGACGUGCCUGGAUAUGUUACUCCGGCUGUGAUUCCAGCUGGCUUGGUAAGAAAAUUUCAUCACUAUAUCAAUUUUUUAUCUUACCCCAUGCUAACUACACAUUAUUACCUAAACUAACAUUUUUUAAUUUUAAAAUUUGAAAAAAAAAUCAGCCUGGUCCCCCCCCCCUGUGAAUAUUUCUUUUUUAAAUUUUAAAAUUUCAAAAAAAUUUAAAUUUUGAACUUUUGUACGUAAAGUUACAGUAACCCAUUUUAAACACAAAUUUUAAACUCCAGGGCUUGACAGACAAUCCCCUAGCAGCUCGUCAAGAAGCUUACCAAGUGCCAGUUGGAGCUUCGAGUCGAAUCAACCCGGGAAUUCAAAUGAAUGGUUCGUGUUCAGGCCGUGGAUUCGUACGAUACCCAAUGGAUUUGAAUAGUGGAGACAGUAAAAUCAUAGUAGUUUUACCUCAAGGCAUCUUUUCACAACCGACUGUCACUACGAAACCUACUGAAGGAUUGAUUUCUAGUGGGAUCAGGUGGGUUUUUGAGGAGAAUUUGUGGAAAAUGCCACCUUUAAAUGCUACUGGGCCGUAAAUAUUGUUUUAUUGUAUCAUAUUUUACUCUCCCUACUCUACCCUACCCUGCUCUGCCUUGCCUUGCCUUACCCUACCUUACCCGUGUCUUGUCCUGCCUUUCCCGUGCUAUCCGUUGAUCUGUCCUGUCUUACCCUACCAUACAUUGCCCUGCCCAGCCUGCCUUGUCCUGCAUUGCCCUGUUCUACCCAACCCUACCUUACUAUAUAUUAAUCUAUCACAGCCUAUCUUAUUGUACCCUACCCUUCCUACCAUACCAAUUCUGUAGUAAUACUAUUCUAAUACCAUCUCAUAGUGUUGUUACCUAUUGUAUAACAUAAUAUUACACUGUCACAUCAGACCCAGGCUUUACUGUACCGUAAGCAUACUCUUAAUAUACCAUACCUCCCUAAAUUGUUGAUCAAUAUUACUCAUUCCAUACCCCACUAUUUUAAAAUUCUAUUUUCAGUAUAAACUUCCUAAUACCGUGCAAGUUCCUACCAGAAGACUUUAAGAAAUCAGAUAUUUGCUCAACGUUAGCUAGUGGACUAAACAGUCUGACACCUUACAAUGGACCACUGGCUGUAUGUAGGACUAAUCCCAAUGCUACAACUCCAUGUGAUCCUACUGAUCCUACGUAAGCUUUACUCUUCUUCUUGGCUAUGGCUAAUCAUUCUUAUUUAUAAGAAGGGAAGGGUGUUUCAUUUUAUUUAUAAGGGGUGGUUUUUCAGGUUCAAAUAAUUUUGUGCCCUUAACCCCAAAAAUUUUCUUUGAAAAGGGGCACAGAAUUAUUUGAACGACCUGCCACUUUUAAUACCUAAUAUGAUACAUAUAGUCCUAAAUGCACCAAUUUCAGUGGCUUUUACCAAUGGGAAGCCCCAACCGACCAAAUGGCCCUAAAGGCCUUUCCGCCAGUUGGUGAUAAGCCUCAGGGCAAAGCGACAUUAUCUCAUUAUGCCGAUGGAAUCAUUGGCCCAGGACCAUUCUCAGUCUACUACGUUAAACCAGGUGCUACACCAGCUGCUCCAGCUCAAUAUGUGGCUGUGGAGAACUCGGACUUUGCCAUAAAUGGCAUGGGCGGGGUUUAUGUGCUGACAAUUGGCCUGGCUGACAGUGUGUUGGUUGAUGAUACUGUGGUAGGUUUGGUUAUUUAAUGUAGUAGAUACACUGUUAUAUGAAUUUACUGUAGAGUAAGGCAGUAGAGUAGGGUUAAGUACGGGAGAGUAGGAUAAUGUAGGGUAGGACAUAGUAGGAUAGGGCAUGGUAGGGUAGAGUAAGAUCUCAUAGUCAUAUCAAAUCCAUUUCCAGGCCAAUGUCCAAGCCUUUCACCAACUAUCACCCCCUAAUUACAUGAGCAUUGUCUGGCAGAUACCUCAAUAUGUUCUCACGGCGGUAGCUGAGAUCAUGUUCGCCAUUACCGGAUUAGAGUUUGUUUAUACACAGGUAUAGUUAUGUUUUACUCAUACUUUUUAAUUUUUUACUUUUCAGUUGCCAAGGUGUAUUAAAAUUGUCAUUUUCAGUCAGCACCCCCACUAAAAGCCUUUUCCAUGGCUUUCUGGAUGGCCAACAUCGGUUUUGGUGACCUUUGCGUCAUCAUUGUUCAAAUGAUCAAUCCUUUUUCUAAUAUGGUAAGCUAGUUCAGUUUUGUUAUUGAAGGGGUGAAUACGGUAUGGUAGAGUAAGGCAAAGCAGGGUAGAAUAUCGUAUGUUAAGGUGAGGCCGGGUAAAAAGGCACGGCAGGACAGCCCAGGAAAAACAAGGCAGGGCAGGGAGAGACAAGGCAGGGUAAGAGAGAGCAACAAAAGCAAGGCUGGGUAGGGCAAGGCAAGACAGGGCAGGGCAAAGCAUGGCAGUGUAGGCAUCAGGGCCGGGCGCGAGGGGGGGAGGGACGGGGGGGGUACCCCCCUUCCAGAAAAAAAAAGAAAAAAAAUUUGAACGUGGUCCCGUCCCCCCUGUGGAUUUUUGGAAAAAAAUUUUAGCUCCUGUGCCCAUUUUUUGGACCCCUGCCCCCAGACCAAAAGUCCCCGCCCGGCCCUGGUAGGCAUGGCAAGGAAAAGCAAGGCAAGGGCACGGCAGGGCAAGGUAAAAGCAGAAAAGAGAAAGGUAAGGGCAAGGAAAAGAAGGGCAGGGCAAUGCAGGGCAGGGCAAGGCAGAGCUGGGCAGGACAGGGCAAAGCAGGGCAGGGUGAGGCAGGGCAGGGUGAAAAGCAAAGCAAGGAAAAGCAAGGCAAGAGCAGAGCCAAGCAGGGUGAGGCAGGGCAGGGUAAAAAGCAAAGCAAGGAAAAGCAAGGCAAUGGCAGAGCAGGGCAAAGCGAAGCAAGGCAAAGACGGGGCAGGGCAAAACAAGAAAGGGAGCACGGCAGGACUGGGUAAUGAAGUGUAGGAUACGGUAGGAUACUGUAACAAAUUUUUGUAAUUCAAAACCCCAUUUCCAGGCCUAUGAAUUCUUUGCAUUUGCAAUCGCACUCUUCCUAGUCCUAUUACUUAUGACAUACAUGUCAUUAUCGUAUCCAUAUGCCAACUACACUGGAUUGGACGAAGAAGAACAAGGUCUACUGGACGUACCACCUGAUGUUGGAGCUGAUAAUGAAGGUUUUGUUAACACACUAGUUACUCGGUUGUGA